GCUGGUAAUCUGCGAGGUAAACAGAAAAAAGGAAAACUCAGUGUAUCGCAUCGAGCGUACUCUACCUCAUCAAAUCUUUUAUGCUGAAAACCAGACCAGAGCGAAGGGAAUAGCCUUUACUUUUAUGAGGUCAUUACAACCCUCUCAUUUCACAGAUGGAAGCUUGCCAGUAUUUGUUUUUCCACAAUCGCUAACUUUUUAUGCUGACGAGCAGUCUACACACAAGCAAGUGCUCACGGUUUACAAUCCCUACGAGUUCACUUUACGGUUUAAAGUGUUUUGCACCGCUCCAAAGAGAUAUAUGGUGGUUGAUUCUGAUGGCGUGAUCAAACCUAGAUGCUGCAUUGAUAUAGUAAUCCGUCACAGUGAUGUUCAACCUGCCAAAACACAGCAAGACAAAUUUCGACUUCAGGUCUUUGAGUAUGGGCUACAGAAAGUCAUUGGUCAAAAAGAAAUCAUGGCUGUCCUUCAGCCAAGCCGGACAGAACAUCAACAGAUGCCUCGGGAGAAAUCAACCACAAGAUCCUUGAGGUCACAGAAAACAGAGAGCAGUGGUGUAACUGUGGAGCAUUUUGCAGACUCAGGGUUGGUGGGUCAGCAGGGUCCCAGUUUGUGGGUAAUAAUUAUGGCUGUGGUGUGUAUUAUUGCUCUGGUAUUACCACUGGACAGUGACAAGUAUACAGGAUCAGUACCGCGCUACCUUCUACUGUCAAUCAAUCAAAAGUUAUUGGCCUCUUUUAUCCUAGGUCUUAUAACAAUGGCAGUUUUAAAGACAUGACAGUAUUUACACUGUAAUGGAGUAUUUAGCUGACAAUAUUAGUAGUGGUGAUGAUUUUACUUUUAUUAUUAUUGUCAGUGAUAUAAUUUUUAGGAGCAUACCAGAACAGCCUUGAAUUUAAGUUGAAUCUUAUAA